AUGUCGUCCUCAUCGUCAGAUGGCGUAGAUGAAGCUUUUGAAGAAUUUUUUGACGAAGAAUUUGAUAAUAUCGUCGACUCCCUACUUGAUGUACAAGCCAACAAACCAAAAAGACGAGCUUAUAUCGAAAGAGAUCGGGAACAAGGCCACAUUCAACUAUGGAACGACUAUUUCCACGAAAAUCCUACUUACCCACCGGACAUGUUUAGGCGGCGUUUUCGAAUGAACAAGCCCUUGUUCCUUCGCAUUGUCGAGCGGCUCAGUACAGGUGUUCCAUACUUUCGGCAAAGACGAAAUGCUCACGGAAGGAAAGGGCUAUCACCACUUCAAAAAUGUACGGCAGCUAUACGUAUGCUCGCAUAUGGUGAAUCGGGAGAUACGUAUGACGAAUAUCUCCGACUUGGUGAAAGUACGGCACUUUUAUGUUUGGAACAUUUCACUAAUGGGAUAAUAGACUUUUUUGGUGAAGAGUAUCUAAGAAGACCUACGGCGGAAGAUCUUCAACAAUUACUCGAUAUUGGAGAGGUACGCGGGUUUCCAGAGAUGAUUGGCAGCAUUGAUUGUAUGCAUUGGGAGUGGAAAAACUGUCCAACGGCUUGGAGAGGACAGUACACACGAGGUUCAGGAAAGCCGACAAUUGUCUUAGAGGCUGUGGCAUCAGAAGAUCUUUGGAUAUGGUCGAGCACCUAA